AUGGGCACGUCCGCCUCCACCCAGCGUCGACUCUACCGAUCAUUCGACGCCAGUGAGUUUACAGUUGCGUGGCUCACGUUUAAGGGAGACGCUAUCGACGACCAGGAGCAGCACUAUGUGGUGAAAAAAGAAGGACUAGUGUCGUCAAAGCUACUGCGAGGACUUUUUGGAGAGAUGACAAUGCAGUGCUUUGAAGAUGUCCGGGGAGACACGAUUUCAAAGGCGGCUUUUGUCUGCAUCUUGGCUCUAUUCUACGAUGGCAAAACGGAAGACCGUAUCAGCUACAUCUUUACCAUGUACAACAUUAUUAGUACUGGAGAGACCAAUGGGGAAGGCUGUAUCGCAGAAAAAGACUACCUGUGCUUACUCGGUUACCUGGAAGAGCACACGCUACUGCCAAAAAAACUCUAUGCUGCGUUUGAAGAGUGUAAAAUUCCGAUGGCAGGGGUGCUGUCCUAUUCGCAGUUUGCGACCUGGAUGCGCCUACAUACGGACGUCGUGGAGUUUCUUGCAGUUCAUCUCCAGCCGUCUGUACUUACACAAAGUCCACUAGCAUCGUCUCGCAACAUUGAAGAGUCUGUGUCGAACUCGGACCACUCAAGUGACAGCCCGUCAUGCCGAGAUGACUUAAACAAGAACGUGCUCAGCUCAUUUGACUUUGUUGGUGGCGGAGAUAGUGGUGAUGAAGACUCGGACGGGUUCGAUGAUUCUGACCAUCUGACGGAGAUGGAGAUAUCUCAAAGCUCAUUCCAUGAUAGCAUUUCUUCGAUGAACGAGAAUGACGAGCUGACAAGCACUUCGAACGAGGCUAGUGCUGCGGUUCGGGAUGACAACGGUAAACGCGCAAGUGAUGUAAGUAGUUCAGAAAGACAACGCACGGACGCAGUGUUACCAGUGUCUGCUCCGGGUCUUGCUCCCCCACCUGAAGACCCCGUCGCUCAGUCAAGGCGAGGGCGGCGUCGACCUGGAAUCCCACGCUCGCGUGGCGUUCAGAAGAUGGGGAGGUACAUGGGCAAAGCUGUUGGUGGCGGAAUAUCCAAAGUCGGUCACGUUGGCCGAAGCAUCUUACAUGUUGGUAAGUCCCAAGGCCUCAACCAACAACAUGGCUGUGAUCAACAAAAUGAUGAUUCGGCAACGGCUAUAUGUGCCAGUCAUUCCUUCUCGUCGGAGUCUCAAAGUACAAGAAAGUAUGUUUGUGGUUACCUGCACAAGAUAAGUGACAGCAAGUGGGGUACAAAGAGGUCUUGGCACAGAAGAUGGUUCGUGCUUGAUCGCCAGCGUGGAGUUCUCUCGUACUAUCGGCACAAUCCUGCCAACCACAUGCCAUCGUCGUUGGCCAAUGGCAACAUCGUACACAUGUCUGAUGCGGCCGUCCCGACUGGUAAAGAUGCAGCUGCUGAUUCAAACAACCGAUUCUUUGAGAGAAGAAGGCAGUCGUCUGGUGCACCACCAAACGCUUCGUGCACUCCAAGUGGUAGAACGGACGACGAUGAUGGGAAUCAUGACCACUCUGGAUGUUUGAGCGGAUUGACCGCUAACGAAGCAGAAUCGGCCAUUCAACAUGACGCAAGUAUUGAGGAGCAGACCAACUCCAGGAAACCGCAAGAAUCGGACCAAGUUCAGGAGCAGCCACAACAUUUGUUGUACUUGAACGAGACACAUGCAUGGUAUCGUGGUGCCUUGGACUUGAAUGCGAAGAGCGUGUCAUUGCUCUUUGAAAAGACUCUUGCUAGGAAUGCGCCGACGCACUACUUCUUCCAGGUCUCAACGUUGUCCUUGCACGAUAUCGACACGAAACGCGGCGUCCAAUACAAGUUAUGCGCUGACACGGAGUCAGACUUUGAUAUCUGGACAUCUGCGAUCGCCGAGGUCGUCAACGGAAAAGACGGUCGAAACGAUAAAGCUAUUGAAGGGACGCCGUUUCUCUCGCAUCAGCAGCUUUACCGACAGCGUCUACUUCAGGAGCAAAUGGAAGCCGAAAAGAUGGCGACUCGUGACUCGGAAGGUGGCCCUGACGAAGUGGCCGACACUAGUUGCGACUCGCCACCUGCACCAGGCGAAAGACUUCUUCCUAGCAGUCAUGGUAUAGUCGAUGGGCAACGUCAUCAAGUACCAAUUAAUACUGCACCGGCGCCACCUGUCAAGCGGAAAGCUCCGCCUCGCAUCGUUACGCAGUUUCCUGCUGAGCUGGACAGCAGUGUGCGUAACGCUUCGUGCUGGUAUCUACACCUGCACGUUGAUGGAACCAAGCAGUGCCUUAUUGUGGGCUUCAUGCUGAACAUUGUGGCAAUCCGUUGCCUUGCCAGCGAGCACGUGCUAUGGAAAGUCGCUGUCUGCCUCGCUGUAUCAGUCGUGUUCGUGCUGAGCGUGUACAAUCCACGGCCACUGCAUCAUCCGUGUCGUGGAAGCAUGAGGAGCAUCGGGAAGUCGACUGGUUAUUUCGACAAGGCGCUUCUCGGUGCUGACGUCGCACAGUGCAGGGACCCUGUAAACUGCUGCAUUCACAAAGCGAGUAGCUCAGCAGGCGCAGAUCAAGGAAAUACCGAUGACCAAUGCAUGGAUGGAUCCGACGAUGAGCCACACCGGCGUUCCAGUCGUACCGGCGAUCGAGGUUCUGCAAAGCUUCCUAUGAGCAAUACCAUGUCCCGAUGCAAGGUGCAAGAAAAUGGUCAGUCAAGCAACGUGGAGCAUUCCUGUACAAGAGCGAGAGCCGAAACGUUUGCAGUUCGGAGCGCCAACUAUAAGAAGUCGCGAAAGAAAGAGCCUUCGAAGCCAGCACUCUUCGAGUUCAUCGGAGCUGAUUUAGUUCGAACGGACUGUAAGCUGGAUCGGAUCUCCCAGCACGUGGAAUUUCCUCCACCGUACGAUACUAGUCGGCUCUUCGUCAUCAACAUUCAGCUUCCGUCAUACGGGCCGAGUAUGUGGGGAGACGGCACAUACGAUGGCCCAGGGUACAGCUUAGCUCUGUACUGGAAGAUACCAGACGAUAUAGUCAAGGAUUUAGAGAACCCUACGUCGACGACGGUGAAGCUGCUUAAAUGCUUCUUAGAGGCUGGCUCGGAUACAUCAGUGACCGAUCGUUUCAAGAUCAUUGCACAAGUGACAAAUCAAGACGAGUGCGGCAUCACAGGGGUGAGCAAGAGGCUUCUGGUGAGCCACAAUGCAACCCCCGUGCUGACACGGCCACAACAUCGGAUCUACCACUUUCGAGACGGUAGUACGGAGGUUGUCGUGGACAUGCACGCCUUCUCGUACGUGGCACGUCGAGGGAUAUACUCGCUACUGGACAAGACGUCGCGUCUGGUGAUCGACUUUGCAUUUGUGGUGCAAGGGGAAACAGACGAAGAAUUGCCCGAGCAAGUGCUUGGCUGCUGCCGUCUGAACCGCAUUAACGUGCAUCAGGCUGGAGAGCUGCCGUGCUGA